GCCCUCUUCGUACGCAGCCCUGUUUUAUGAGGGAAAAUGUAUCGUCUCAGCCAGCAGUUUAUCUCCGAGAUCGCCUUCAAUUCCUUUCUAUCCGCCGUGCCACGGGAAUAUUUACAUUUUACGAGACAACAUAGUAAAAGCUGGUCGUGUAUUGGCUGAUUAUUGAUCAAACUUAACAUUUAUCUGCAUGAAAAUGCCGAGAACCAAGAAGAAGAAUGGCCGGGGGGGGCCACAUGGAAAUGUGCAUCCUUUCAGUGAUGAGGAUGCCUCCAUUGAGACCCUCAGUCAUUGCAGCAGCUUCAGUGACACCGCCAGUGUCGCAGAUGAAGGUGGAGAGGCCAGUGAGGACACGGCUCAGGAAGAUUUCCAGUACAAGCUGAAGGGCUUCAUAGACAGCACAGUUGAUAAGAGUGCUAAGACCAGACAAGGGGCACUGGAUGGGCUUAAGACAGCAAUGGCCACACGGAUCCUGUAUGAAUUCAUCUCAGAGAGAAGGAUGACCGUCACGGACAGCAUUGAACGCUGCCUUAAGAAAGGCAAAGGCGAGGAGCAGCGAGCAGCAGCUUCUUUAGCCUGCCUGCUGUGUAUCCAGCUGGGCCCGGGCAUCGAGAGCGAAGAGGUGUUCAAGACCCUAAAACCCAUCUUCAAAAACAUCCUGGCAGAUGGAUCCGCCAGCAUUCAAGCCAGACAGGCUGUUGCGACAAGUCUGGGCCUCUGUACUUUGGUUGCAGAAGAUGACAUUUUGGACGUGCAUGCUAGCAUGGAGUGCUUUGAGAACCUGUUCACCCGGUCCUAUGCGAGGAUGGAUGGUACCUGUCCUCUGAUCAGCCCCCAGAUGAGCCAGCUCCACACCAACGCCUUGCUGUCCUGGGCCCUGCUGCUCACUAUUUGCACCGCCAACCAGCUCAAAGACAUCCUGCACAAACAUCUGCCUAAAUUGCCAAGAUUGCUGGAAAGCGAUGAUGUCAACAUGAGAAUUGCUGCAGGGGAGACGAUUGCUCUGCUUUUUGAGUUGGCCAGAGACCUGGACUCGGAGUUUGAGUUUGAGGACUGGGAGCAGCUUUGUGAUAAACUGAACGCGCUGGCCACAGACUGUAACAAGCACAGAGCCAAGACGGACAAGAGGAAGCAGCGGUCGGUGUUUAGAGACGUACUCAAGGCUGUUGAGGAGGGAGACUUCCAGUCUGAGGCCAUUCGCUUUGGGACGGAGCGCAUGACCAUCGACAGCUGGGUCCGAAAGAGGAUGUAUGAUGCUUUCAGAGAGUUUGUGGGCUCUGGGAUGAACUACCACUUGCAGGCCAAUGAAUUCAUCCGAGACGUGUUCGAACUGGGUCCGCCUAUGUUGGUUGAUUCCGCCACAAUGAAGGCCAUGAAAAUCCCUCGCUUUGAAAGGCAUCUUCACAACUCUGCUGCGUUCAAGGCUCGGACCAAGGCCAGAAGCAAGUUCAGGGACAAAAGGGUGGAUGUUGGAGAGUUUUAACUACAUAUAUAUAUAUAUAUAUAUAUAUAUAUAUAUUUCUUUUUUCCUCACUCUUAACACCUUAUUUAUCAGGCUUUGCUGCUUUUUAGGUUGACAGUCACAACUUUGUCCUUGUGAUUCUCCCUCCAAAUCAAACCAUAGAUUUUGCGUAGAGUGUAAAUGUCUCCCCACGUCAACAGUGGCGUUGUACAUGAAGUGUAUAUUUGUCAGUAUUCUUGAUGCAGCCUCUGUUUCUUUGAACUUAAAGUUAUGUCGUUUCGUCAACAUUUAUCUUACACCAUUUAUGUGUAGUUUCAUAGCGAUGUGAAGACGCAUGCUGUUACUCAUCUAACCCCUUAAUGAAUUUAUAUUGUGUCACUACCAUUAUUACCAAGAGCAGGUUACUUCUGUAGAACCACUGUGAAUAUUGUGACGUCUUUUUAGUUUUGGGUAUACAAGCAAAAAAGGUGAUGGUGAAAUAAAAUAAAAGUGGAAUAACUA